AUGCGGCCACUGAGAGCCGCAGGCGUCUCUCGCAGAAGUGCAACUGCUUGCUUGCACACUACGGCGCCAUCGCUGGCUCGGCUACAACGGCCGCGUGUUCACGAAAAGAAGAGGCCGGCAGAGCCGCUAGUCCCAUACUCAUGGCGGCCCUUCGAGGUGCCAGAGGUGGUUCUCGACCUGGACAGCUGGGACAACCCAAUCGCACGGCCAUACGAUAAAGAUGAGAUGCAGACUCAGAGGAAGAAAUGGGAGCAGAACUCCAUUGUCGACGCCACGUGGCAACGGAUCAAGCACUUUGAGUAUGAACGCCAGCGUGACAGCGAAAAAUUUGCCAAGGUCAGCGUCAGCCAUCCUUGGUAUCAGCACUGGCAGGUCACAGAUCUCGACAUCAUGACGGCCGCUCUGAAAGGCGACUCGCGAGUCGGUCCGCAAACCCAGAUUCGCCUAACGGAGGAAAAACCACACCAGAAUGAUGCUUGGUGUGAUCUGAAGUCGGUUGCUUCGAAGAACGCAAUUCCAUUGACCUCGCUUCGAGACGAUAAGAACUUCUUGAGCUGGUUGCUCCAACGAAGGCCCACCACGGCUUCUUUACCACUAAAGCGCCAACGGGAAACUCGAGCAUUUAUUCGACGACUGGAAGAUCUCCAGAGCCUUCAGCGCUACCUGCAGUUUCUACUUCAGCAUGGGGAGAAGGGAUUUCAGCUCAUUCACAACGCGGAUCGGGAUAUUGCUUUUGUGUUAUCUCGGCUCCUCACCAAGCCACCCAGGUUACGGCCCUUCAUCGACCUCCUUCCCUUUAUUAACAGCAUCUUUGCUCUCCAGAGACAGCAUGGUCUACCUGUUAGUCCUGAUCUCUGUGGUAUCUGUCUGAUCAUCUCGGCCAAGGCGUUUCAGCUACCGGCAGUAUCGAGAUAUCUCAAGCUUGGGCUGAAAGAGGGUCACUGGGUUGGUGAGGGCUCAUCUGCUUCUGAUGUCAAGACUGCGGUCAAGGCGCUUAUUCGAUGCUGGGACAACAGAAGGCGCUUCCCAGAUGUGGACCGUUCUGGAGACAUAGUUCGCCGUCUACUCGGAGAGGGUUUGGGGGAGGACAGCGCUGCUUCCUUCAAGGUCGUUGCGCAUCACCAUCCGGAGGACGAAGGGUUGAAGGAACAGUUGGCGGAGUUGUUACAUCGCGUUGCUUCCGCCCCAAAAUACCCUUCGUCUAUGAAUAGGACACCUCAUGUCUUGGCGGAACAAAAUUAG